ACAUGAAGGGGAAAAUAAGAAAUUGAAAGAGUAACACUGGAGACGAGUGAGAGAUUUUUGUGUGAAAGUUGUCACAGUGUAUUGCGAAAUAUUGAACUCCUUUUGUCUCUUUUGUGCUGGAAUGACUGGAAAGAAGAAAAGAACCGUUUACAGGAAAACUAGGAAAAGAAAGGGGCAUGGAGGAGAUCGUAAAAAAGCGCAAUUACUGAAGAAAAGCGGUUGCAACAGGAAGAGUGAACCAAACGAACCGACCCCAGGAACUUCGCACGAUCAGUCUGAUCUGUCAGAUUUUGGCGAAGAAAGCGAUCAGCUUCCUAGUUCUUCAAGGAAGAAGAUGAGAUUCCAGAGCUCAGAAGAUGAGUCUUCUUCAAGUUCUGAUGAAAACAAAAAAGUUUUCGAGGUAGCUGAGGUAGAAAAAGGAUACAGGCUCGUUGAUCUAAAGAGCUUCUCUUCUGUGCUCUCAACUUUACACAAAUGCGAAGAAGGAGACCUUACUAUUGAAGAAAAUACCGCUAGCCGUUAUGGACUGAUGUCAGAUCUCUCCAUUCACUGCAAUUCUUGUGAUGAAAGUACUCCUUGGCAGACAUCACCCAACCUUGCCAAGAAAGGCAAAUCAUUUGAUGUCAACCGGAGAGCUGUCUACCACUCAAUAGAAACUGGAAGUGGCUACGACGGACUCUCUUCUUUCUGUGCGAUAAUGAACAUGCCUUGUUUGUCAAGAGCUGCUUACUACAAGCAAGUUGAUGUAAUUUUGGAAGCACUGGAAAGUGAAGCAAAAGAAGAACUAAAAGGUGCAGGCCAAAGGCUCCGAAAGCUAAUCAUGGAGGAAAAUGGCAUCUCAGACAGCACCACAAUAAUUGAUGCUGCUGUUAGCUUUGAUGGCACUUGGGCCAAAAGAGGUUUCACAUCACUAACAGGUGUUGUUUUCGUCAUCUCAAUUGACACAGGAGAAGUUUUAGACUAUCACGUGAUGUCUAAAUCUUGCCGUAAGUGCUCCCUAAAGAACUCACAAUGUGAAGGGAAUGUGGAAGAGUUUGAAGAAUGGAGGAGGGAGCAUGUUGCAUCUGGAGAUUGUGACAUCAACUUCGAAGGAAGUUCACCUGCUAUGGAAGCAGAAGGAGCUUCUGUUCUUUGGAAUAGAUCCAUCGAACUUCAUAACAUGAGGUACAAAUGGAUGGUGUCAGACGGGGACAGUAAGGCCUUUAACACUGUUCAACAUGCCUAUGAUGACUGUGAAGUUAUUAAACUGGAUUGUGUAGGCCAUGUGCAGAAAAGGAUGGGCAAACAUUUAAUGAAUUUGAAGGCAUGCAGUAAGGGUAAACUUGCUGAUGGAAAACCUAUAGGAGGGCGUGGCCGGCUUACAGAAGGAAAGAUCAAGCAGCUUCAAAGGUACUAUGGCCUAGCAAUCCGGCAAAACACCUUGACCAAGGCAAAUCCCUCUGAACGGGAGGUUGACAUUGCAGUUUAUGCUAUGAAAAAAAAUAUUAUUGCCAUUCUCCAUCACUGUGUAAAUUCAACUGACAAUGCUAAACAACACCGCUUCUGUCCACCAGGUGAUUCAUCAUGGUGCAAAUGGCAACAGGACCAGGCAACAGGAACCAGUACCUACAAAGGAGAUGACUGUUUGCCCGAAGUCUUCGUGGAGACUCUAAAACCCACAUUUGUGUCAUUAAGUGACAGUAAACUUUUAGAAAGAUGUGUACGAGGAAAAACCCAGAACCCAAAUGAAAGCAUCAACGCAAUGGUUUGGGUCCGGUGUCCCAAACAUAAACACCAUGGAGUGAAAGUUGUCCGGUGUGCUGCUGCGUCUGCAGUCUGCCACUUCCACAGAGGUGCAGAAAGCAGAGAAAGAUUGAUGGAAAGGCUUUCAAUUCCUGGAGGUGCAUUUACUGAGGAUGCAUUUCGACUAAGAGAUAAUUCAAGGCUUCGGAAAGCUGAUAAGCAGGCAACGGCCCAGGAGAAGAAGCGCCGGCAGGGAUUGCAGCUUAUCCGUACUCAAAGAGAAGCGGCUCUUCGUGAAAAAGAAGAUGUUUCAUAUGAAGCUGGGGCAUUCUAACUCUUGCUCUUGCCUAUCCUAAUUAUAUUUGAACUUAUGGCUACUCAUUGACUUCAUAAUUUGAAUACAGGAGGUGUUUAAUUUUAAAAUCUUGUAACUUUAGGCCUUUUUUUCUCAAAACGUAUUUUUUAAUACUUGAGAAAAGAUUACUCAAGAAGUAUGAGAGCUAUGGACCUGAAAUUUUUAGGGAUUGCUGAUCUAAUUGAGUUAUUUGGGAUGAGUGAAGGAAAAUGCCAUAGAGGUCUUUCUAAAGAAAUGAUUAAACAAAUAGUGAUCAUGUGUUAGAUGUGUAACUUGACACCAGUGCUGUGAUGUCAAAUUUAAAAAAUUCUUGAAAUCCUUCACUCAUCCCAACAAGUAUUCAAUAUUCUUUAGAAUAACAGCAAAAUAUUGGUAUUUCAUUGAAACAGUUUCUAACAAUCUUUACUCAAGUACAUAUAGGUGAGACACUACAAGUUGUUAAUUGAAAUGACCGGUGUCAGGUUACAUUUGCUGCAGGUGUGACAUAACACCUUUUUUUGAAAAAUAUAGUUCAUAAGCUUUCCAGUGAUAUAUAGUUUUAGAUAGUUGUGACCAAAACUUAAAUUCCUACAAUUAUUUGAAAAAAUGCACUUUUUUUAGGUAGAAUCCCCCCUUA